AUGGACAUUGAUGCUCUUUUAUUACCUGAAAAGAAAUUGGCGGACUCCCUUGUGAACACGUAUCGGCGGUUCUCGCUUCCCAUAUUUCCCGUAUUACACUGGCCUAGCUUCAUGAAAAAAUAUGAUAAUCUGUGGAGGUCUACUGAAUCUUUUUCACUGUCAAAGUAUACGGGCAACGAUAUGCUCCUGCUCUCAAUAGUCAAUGUUGUCUUAGCUAUUGGCUGCCAGCGAUCUGAACAUUGCCCAGCCGAAUGGAGAACGCGAGAUGCCGAAUCAUUGUAUAGGCGGUCAGUUCGCUUGGUAUCUGCUGAAACACUAGACGAGUACUCCUUUGAGGCGGCGCAAUUAUUCAUCCUGCGGGUAAUUUACCUUCAGUAUACGUCAUUUGCCUCAAGAUGCUGGAGUACGCUUGGCGUUGCCCAGAGAGUUGCUUACGGGCUUGGGCUACAUAAAGAUAUCCCUGAGUCAACAAACCAGCUUGAACGGGAGAUGAGACGUAGGGUAUGGCAUACUUCCCUUAUAAUGGAUAGGUGA